UGUUAUUUCAACCAUGCAUUCUAUGUCAAAGCAAAAAAGUGCCACUCCCCUUUUCUUAUGCCCUGAUGCAAAAUUUCUAAGCGUAGAAGAUGAGUUUCACUGUAUACAAUUCGGAGAGUUAUUAUCAUCUUCAUCUGAUCACAUCCGACCUUUACAUCGAAAGGUCAACAAAACGUAUGCUAAAUUCUUCAACAAGUGUGCAGUUUGCGGGGAUCAAAUACUCCACAAUCUCGAGCCCCUGAUGUACAUCUGCAAAGAACCUUCUUGCCAUAUUCCAUCACUACAGCAUAGUUUCCACAGAGUGUGUAUCGAGCCGAUAUCAAAGCACCCAUAUCAUCCUAAGCAUACUCUCCGGCUUAUUUUUACAGAUCCAAGUAAGAUAUGUAUAUGUUGUUCAAAUUUUAGUGAAUGGGUUUACAAUUGCUCUAGAUGCGAAUUUAGUGUGUGUCAAGAUUGUUCUAGAAAAGAAGCACUCCUUCAAAUAAACCAUCCAAAAAGGCAUGAGCAUACCCUUCUCUACAAUUAUAGGCCAAGCUCAUUGAAUUGUGACAUUUGUGGAUUGAGUGAUCAUAGGUCUUUGAUGUAUUCAUGUGGUCAUUGUGAUUUUGUAGUCCAUAAAGAGUGUCUAAACAUUCCAUGCAUCAUAAGAAUAUCACGUCAUGAACACCGCAUCUCUUUCAAUUCUUCUCUUACUCCAGAAAAAUUGAUGUGCGGAGUGUGUCACUGGAAGAUAGACACAAAUUAUGGAAGAUAUUCUUGCGUAAAGGGUUGCAAUUAUGGUGUUCAUUCUAAAUGUGCAACACGAGAAGAUGUAUGGGAUGGAGAAGAACUUGAGGGAAAACCAGAAGAUCCAUAUGAAGACAUUAGCUCCUUCAUUGAGAUAAGUGAGGGAAUUAUACAACAUUUAAGUCAUCAAGAUCAUCAUAUGAGACUCGAUGAGAAGACCGAUAGAGCUUUUGACGAGAACAAUUAUUGUCAAGCAUGCACACUUCCCAUAUGUGAUGAUAUUAUUUACAGUUGCAUGCAAUGUGAUUUUAUCCUCCAUAAAGAAUGUGCACAGCUUCCUCGGAAGAAACACCAAGUGACUCAUCCUCAUUCCCUUAGUCUACAAGUGGGUCAUCAAGGCUGUGCAUUGUUCGAAUGUAAAGCUUGUCUUCGUUCAAGCAAUGGAUUUGCGUACUUAUGUGAUGAAGAGGAUUGUGAGUAUAUGUUAGACGUACGUUGUGCUUCUAUAGCUGAGCCAUUGGAUCAUCGGUGUCAUCAGCAUCCCUUGUUUCUUACAUUUGAGCCCCGAUCUAAACAAAUAUGUUCGGUUUGCCACAAAUCUCGAGGUCAUCGUCUAAAUUGUGGAGAAUGUGGGUUUGUUGCAUGUUUUGGAUGUGCCACUUUACCCAAUAAGUUGAGGUACAAGCAUGAUGAACAUGUUCUUCUUUUUUCUUACGAAGAAGAGGUAAAUGGUCAAUACUUCUGCGAAGUUUGUGAAAAAGAAGCAAAUCCGAAGAAUGGAGUUUAUAUGUGCCAUGACUGCAACGUUACACUGCAUAUUAAAUGUCUACUUGGAAAAGACGUAAAUAUUAUGCAUGGUGUAGUAAUCGAGUAUCCUGAAGUGGAUGUUUCUAUUCUUCUCAAUGAUCGCCUUAGUCGCAACAUAUGUAAAAGUUGCGAUAAACUUUGUGAACACAAAAUAGUAUACGAAGUAUCUGGUUUUGAGAUAUGUUCUCUCAAGUGUAUGAAUUUUGUUGUACUAUAUUUUACCAUGUUUGCUUGAUGUUCAUUUUCUCGUUCUCUAUGUUUUACUCAUAACCAAUCUCUAGUUGGGGGCAUAUUAUAAAAACUUUGCAUUUUAUACACUUCUCCAAUACUAUGUAAGCAAUAUUGAACCAUUGUAUAUUGUCAUAUUGCACGAAGGGACUCCGAACAUACCGAUUAAUAUAUAUAUAUAUAUAUAAGAUAAAAUCAGAAUUAUAAGGAUGUCAAAUCUCUAGAUGGUACCAAUUUUCUUACCAUUCAGAUUUAUACAAUAUUGGCUAGUGUGUAUCAAAACACCCAUAUCUUCCUAUUCACUCACUCCAACUUUGUAAUUAUAGAGGUUAGAUUAUAUAUGCCUUUGUUGUUCAGACUUGGGGUUCCUAUAUAGUUGCUCUAUAUGCAUGCAUUUUUACUAUUUGUAUAGCUUGCGCAAAAAAGCCGUCACUCCUUAAAAGACUAUGUUGCAUAUAUUGUAUGAAGUUUACAAGACUAAUGAAUACUAUUUAAGGAAAACUAAAGCAUUUGCUCAAAAUAAUUACCAAAAUAGAUGACAAAUCUUACUUCAAGUUGUGGGUACAAGCACUAUAACUCAGAAAAUACACUAUUCCAAGAGUUACAACAGAGCCAAUGCCAUAUUUUGGCAUCCACUAGUAAAGAAUGUAAAGAAGAAAAAAAAGAGAGUCAAUAAAA